AUGACUAACUUGGACAGAAAGAACAUUAAUAUAACCGUUAACAACACCACUAUAGAACAAGUAAGGAAAUAUGUCUAUUUAGGGCAGAAGAUCAGGAUGCGCAAGGAUAACCAAAAUAAUGAGAUUCACAGACGAGUAAGGCUCAUAUGUAUCAAGACAAGUAGCGUAUGGACGUGGGCCGGACAUAUAGCUUGGAAGGAGAACGCUUGGUGCAAACGUCUCCUCGAAUGGAAGACAUGGGGAGAAAAGUGCCCUCAUGGACGACCACAAAUGCGCUGGAAGGACGACGUGAAGAAGGUAGCCGGUUCGAAUUGGAUCCACACAGCUCAAUGUCGCGAGAAGUGGAAGAUCUUGAAGGAGGCCUAA